UCUUGACUGGAUCCUACAACUUGAUCAGUUAUGAAAACAACCACUUUAUGUUGGUUAAGUAUUGAUACAGAGCUGUGCUGUAACGUUUCACGUUGAUUCGACAUCGCAAAUAUUCGGGGAAAACGUCUUAAAAUUAAAAACGUUUUUAUCUAGCGUAGAAAUUUAGAGAGAAGUUUGGUUGGCAUCGAGAUAAUCAUGGGGCGGUCGAGGAGCCGCAGUUCGUCUCGUUCCAAACAUUCUAAAAGCAGCAAACACAGUAAAAAACGAAGCCGGUCCCGGUCAAGGGACAGAGAAAGGAGCAAGAAACGAUCUAAAUCCCGGGAGCCCAAGAGGAGUCGCAGACGAGAUUCGCGGUCUCGUUCCCGGUCAAACACCACGUCGUCCCGUAGAGAGAGGGACCGGGAAAGAGCUAGCUCGCCGCCCGAGAGAAUAGACAUCUUUGGCCGUACACUCAGCAAACGGGGCGCCGUUGACGAGAAACAGAAGAAGGAGGAAGAGGAGAAAAAGGCAGAAAUGGAACGGCAGAGGAAGAUUCGUCAGCAGGAAAUCGAGGAGCGGCUGAUUGAGGAGGAGACGGCGCGUAGGGUGGAGGAGCUGGUGGCUCGCAGGGUGGAGGAGGAGCUGGAGAAGAGGAGGGAUGAGAUUGAGCGGGAGGUGCUGCGCAGGGUAGAGGAGGCCAAACGGAUCAUGGAGGCUCAGUUGCUGGAGGAGCUGGAGAGACAGAGGCAGGCAGAGCUCAACGCCCAGAAGGCUAGAGAGGAAGAAGAAAAAUCCAAAAGAGAGGAGCUGGAGAAAAUUCUGGAAGAAAACAAUCGCAAAAUCGCUGAGGCUCAAGCUAAACUGGCGGAGGAUCAGUUGCGCAUUGUGGAGGAGCAGCGUAAGAUCCAUGAGGAGCGAUUGAAGCUGGAGCAGGAAAGGCAGAGGCAGCAAAAAGAAGAACAGAAGAUUAUUUUGGGAAAGGGCAAGUCCCGACCUCGCCUCUCCUUCUCUCUCAAAGCUGCCGAGUGAUCGCUUUUUUCCUCCCCUCCCUACCCUCUGUCUCUUUUUGGUUAUUACCCUUCCUUGUCUCUCCUCGUCCCCCCCUCUCGCUCUCCUCUCUGGACAUGUGCUUCAUGUUGAAGUUUAUCCUCGGGAGGUUUCGGAGACGCCAGUCCCUUGCCCCUCGCAACCCUCUUUGGAUCCCGUAAGGCCACCUGCCAUCAUCUAAAGCCAGUGGAGAAAGAGAAGGACGUCCACACUGCUAGGACCGCGCUCCUCUCUGCUCCCCACUGCUCCUGCUUGUCCUCCUCUCUCUCUCUCUCGGCCAAACAGAUGGACUGAAUUUUCACUUUUAUUCGUUUUUAUGUUUCAAAACACAGUUGGUAUAGGAAUGUUUCAAGACACCACCCCCCCCCACCCCCCUUGCCAAACAAAGACAAAAAAAAC